AAAAAAAUAAACAUAAAAUAUGAAAUUUUAAAAAGUGGCAAAAUCAAAUGCAAAUAACUAAGAACCCCGAUGCGGAUUUAACUUAAUUCAAUACUAAUAUCAAAUAUACCAGAGUUCUGUGUCUGGAAGUGUGUCUUCUGGUUCUGGUUCUUUACCUCAAGAAAUAUUAGAAGAUUCUUCAACUAGCCGAGACGUUCAAGUAGAAGAACUGGAAACAAUGCAGAAAAAAGUUCCAGAUCUGGAAGAAAAUGGCAUCACCGAGGGCAUCACAUAUUCUAUGGAUCAAGAAAAAGUUAAAAAGUUCCACGAUUACUAUGAGCAACAUUUCAAUCAGAACGAUCAUCCUGAUUUUGAAAUGGACAAUAAGGUAUUUAUCAAUAGAUGGUACACAGAAUUUUUCAACGAACAACUAGAAAUGAAUCGGCCUGAAGAAGUUCUUGACCCAAAUGAACAUUAUCAAAUAAUCAAUUCACAAAAAGAUAGCGCACCAGGAUCAGACAACAUUCCGUGGUCUGUGUACUCUGAGAACAAUAAUUUAACAUUUGCUUUCUUUAUUUUAGAUUCCACAAGCACACUUAAGUAUGUGAGCUUAAUAACACUCACAUUACAGAAUGCUAUUCUAGGACUCAGCAUGAGAUACAGUAGGAUUAGAGAUGGGGACAUGUUUAUUUCUUCUACAGCUGUCCUCAUGUCAGAAGUAGUAAAACUAAUUACUUGUAUAGCGCUAGUUUAUUUGGAAGCUGGUGGUGUUGUAGGCCUUUUAGACAUUCUGAAUAAGCAAAUCGUUCGACAACCCCUAGACACACUCAAAGUAUGCAUCCCAUCUCUGGUAUAUUUGAUUCAAAAUAAUCUUUUGUAUGUUUCCGCGUCGCACUUGGAUGCUGCAACUUACCAAGUUACUUAUCAAUUAAAAAUCUUAACUACAGCACUUUUUUCGGUAUUUAUAUUAAAAAGAAGUCUAUUGAAAACACAAUGGCUUUCUUUGCUAACUCUUAUUAUUGGAGUUGUUUUGGUACAAAUGGCCCAGGGACACGAACAUAGCACUUCUAAAAAUGCUGAGGGACAAAACAGAUUUAUUGGUUUUAUGGCUGCUUUAACUGCCUGCGCCCUUUCCGGUUUUGCUGGAGUCUACUUUGAGAAAAUUCUCAAAGGAAGUGACGUAACUGUUUGGAUGCGUAAUGUUCAAUUGUCGCUAUGCUCAAUUCCUUUAGGAUUAAUUUCUUGCUACACAUACGAUGGAGGACAAAUAGCAGAAAAAGGAUUUUUCUUUGGUUAUGAUAAAUUUGUUCAUUAUUUGAUAAUUUUGCAAGCUGGAGGUGGUUUAAUUGUAGCAGUUGUAGUGAAAUAUGCCGAUAAUAUUUUGAAAGGUUUCGCUACCUCUUUAGCUAUAGUUUUCGCUUGUAUAGGUUCAAUUUAUAUUUUUGACUUUCAGUUAAGCGGGCAAUUUGUUUUUGGGGCCGCUUUUGUAAUCUGUUCAAUAUUUUUGUAUGGUUAUCAACCUAAGAAAACUGAAACGCCUGGGGCUUUUAAGGUAUAAUAGUUAGCUGGCUCGAAAACCAGUGACAGUGAUGAGAUUAGUGAGACAUUGAAAACAGAACAGUGUUCUAGAUAUUGAACAUAUGUAUUAUAUAAGAACAAAAAAUUAUGAUUAGUGUUUUUACAAAACUUUUUAUAGAAAAAUAUGAUAUAUUAUGGUACUCUAAUUUUCUAGAUAUGCCUUAUUUGAAUAUUUUGCAGCUUUCAUUAUCCGAAAAUGAAUUUACCUUUCCUUUUUAUUAUUGUAAGAUAUUGUAUAUAAUUCCUAUCUUUAGCAAAUAAAUAGCCAGUAUUUUUUUUACUUGACUUAGAACAUGAGUAAAUACAUACUGUUUUGAGGUUUAUCAAUGACUCUUAAAAUUUUGUUGAGAAUUGUUAUAAACUCGAGUCUUGGUACUUAAUAAAAUAUAGGAUCUUGAUA